CAUCCUGGUAUAUAUCCUAUCUCUAAUAAUUAUGAAAUAGAAACUUUUUGGAAGCGUAAUGAAAAAAACCAUAUUCAAGCAUCUAUCAAUUAUGUUGACAAAACUCCACAUUAUAUAAUUGAAUGGACAUAUCAUAAACAAAAUUAUAUAAUACAAUAUCUAAAAAGAAAAACAGCACUUUCUGGAAUACUUAUUUUUGAAAUACAACUAUAUAAAGAACUAACUAAGAAUAUACCAAAAACAAAUCAUUUGAAAUAUAUUAAACCUCUAAGUGAGAUUAGUAAUCGUGCACAUAGAAAUAGAACCAAAAGGGCAGCUGAAAAUUUAUUCAAUGAAUUUGAAAACAAAAAAAAUAAAAUUUGGCAUUCUAAAGAUAAUCCUAAACUUAAAGAAAUAUUAGAAAAAAAACAAGCACAAAAAAUAAUUCAGACUAUGGAUCAGUCUAAAAUUUUACGAAAUGGAUAUAGAGUGCUAACAGCUACUUCGCGAGAUCUAUCAAAGGAAUUGUUAAUUAGUAAAGAAAGGCAUAAUAUUGAUAAAAUAAUACAAAAGCAUAUUCUAAUAUUAGUAUAUAGUAUGAAAACGCAUACACAAAAAGAAAUUGCAAUUACAUUAGAAAAGAGUGGCUAUCAUAACAUAUCUUCAAUUCUUAAAUUUCUUAUACCAAAACUUGUAGAAAAUAAAGUUCUUAAUUAUGAAGCCCCUACAAUAUGUCUGCGAAUCUCAUGUGACAGAAAGAACGUUGAGAAGAAAAUCAAACAAGUGAUGUUAAUAUUAGCUAUUCUAAAUGAUCAAAAAAAUCUUUCAAAACCAGAAAGUCACUAUUCAAUUUCUUUGUUUUCUGAAGCAGAAAAAUAUACUUCCCUUAAGGCCGCUUUAGACCCAAUUCAUCAUGAACUACAAGAAUUGUGUAAAAAUAGUUUUAUUAAUAAUAAUUAUUAA